GUGUUAUGUUGGUAGCCGCUAGUAUAGAAACGUAUAUUUUUUCUUCCCACCCUAUUCAAUAUAAUCAUAUCUGAUCCGUAAAAAGAAUAACUCCUGAGGAAUCAUGCCACAAGAUCGAGAUAUUAGAAAAAUUAACGAGGCCAAAGAGGAGUUUGAAGGCGUUGGUUUUAGAGUUAGAAAACCGAUCGGAAACUCUCCUAUCGAUCCAUUCAUCAUGAUGGAUCAUGUUGAUCCUGACAGAUUUGAACCGGAAGAGGCAUUCGGCGCCCCUGAUCAUCCGCAUAAAGGGUUCGUUACGCUCACGUACGUUAUAGAAGGUGAAGUGGAACAUAAGGAUUCUUUAGGCAACACUGCCAUCCUUAAAUCAGGAGAUGCUCAAUUAAUAACGGCCGGGAGUGGCAUAGUGCACUCGGAAAUGCCUUCCGACAAUUUCUACAAAAGGGGUGGUAAAAUGGAAGGUUUCCAACUAUGGAUAAACGUUCCAGCUUUUAAAAGACUGGCUCCUCCAUCUUAUAAUUUGGCGAAAGAUGUUAAAAUGCGGAAUUUAUCGGAAAACGUUCAAUUAAGAAUAGUAGUUGGCAGUUUAUUGAAUUUUAAAGGACCUCUGGAAUGCGGCGAUGUUACUGUUGUAGAUAUUCGAAUGAAUCCAUUUUCGGAUGCAAGAUUACCCGUUCCAGAAGGAUUUUGCGCUUUUCUCUACGUAUGGAGAGGAGAGGGUUUGGUAACUGCUGCAAAGAAAGAGAUAAAAUUGUACGAUUCCAUCUUCUUUGAGGAGAAAGGUGAAAGUAUUGUAUUGAAAACGGGAAGAAGUGAAAUGAACAUAAUAGUUGGCAUGGGAAAGCCUAUCGGUGAGCCGUUUCUAAAACGAGGGCCGUUUGUCAUGUCGAAUCAGCAGGAAAUCAAUAAAGCUUACGAAGAAUACAGGCAGGGAAAAUUGGGAACAAUUCCCGGUAAAGAAAGCCGAUUGGAACAGGUCGAAAAAGCGGUCGAAAAACAUAAAGCUAGACUGGCAAUGAAAUAAUAAACUAUUAAAGAAAAGAAAAAGAAAAUAAAAACAACUUUUAAGCAAAAAAUUGUAUUCUUUGAAAUGCUUUAUUUUCAAUAUUUGUUUUUCAAAUUGAUACAUACAUAUAUAUAUAUAAUAUGCAUGUUUAUACUGUAUAAUAUAGACGCUAUACAUAGCACAACAACCCGAAGACACUACAUAGAGAGAAGACCAGCAAAUAUAUUUUUUCUUUCUACUUAAACAUUUAAAAACAAAAAUCAUUUUAAAAUUUUUGAUCAUUUUUUGAUUUUAAGUCAGAUAUUUUGUUUUUUUUUGGUUUGUCUUUUUUUUUAAAACAACACAAAAAAAAUGGUAAAUCAUGGGAUUCUUUUUUUUGUGUUUUAUAUGUUUUUGUUUGUAUUUUUUGCGACUUUUACAUUUUUUUCUCUUUAAAGAAACAAGAUUAUGGGAGAGAGAGAGAGAGAGAGAGAGAGAAAAGAGAAAAAAAACAAUGGGAGGAGGGGGGUUUAACAUUUAUGAAUAUGACAAUAAAAAUCAUAUUUUUCCAUUUUUUUUAAUUAGCAAUUUUAUAAAAAUAUAACUUUCAAAAUUCGAAAAAGGUUAAUGCAUUAUAAUUAUUAUUAUAUAGAACGAUGAUAGUGAUGAUAAUGAUAAUAGUAUAGUUAAGGUAUGAGGGAGGGAGGGAGGAAGAAAGAGAGAAGACAAAAGUAAUGUUAUGUAUUUUUAUGUAUAUACUGUAUAUUAUGAAGAGACUCAAGGCAAUAAUGAAUGAAAAACAAAAACAAACAAAAAACUGAGGAAAACGUUAAAAGUUUCUUUCCCCCUUUAUUUUUGUCUAUAAAGCAAAGAAACUUUUGGAUAAAGAAAACAUAUUUUUCGACGCUGUCGUUUUCUUUUAUUUUUUUAAAAAAAACAAAAAAAUAUUUAUAUUAAAACUAUAUGUUCCCCCAUUUUUUUGUCCUCUUUCAAUAAAGAAUUAAUAAGAAUAUAGAACAAAAAAAAAGACUAUAUUUAAUAAAAAAAAAAAAAAAGUAUUGUAUAUAUACCUGUAUAAAUUGAUAUACUAAUGUACACAUAUAUGUAAGAAUGAAUUGACAUAUAUCUACACAUAUGUACACAUGAAAAAUAUAAAUUAAGUGAUGAUUAAAAGCGGAUAUAAAAUAAACCAGAAAAAUUUGCCUUUUUUUGUUUUUUAGCAGAAGAUAAACUCUCCUAUUAUGUUUAAGGAAAAGUUCUCUCUUUUGAUAUGUAACUCCAUUUCUCUUUACUAAUAAAGAAUAAAAUCAUUUUAGCCCUAGUAAUACGUCAUUUAUGUGUUAUUUCUAUUAUUUUUUCUAGAGUCAUGUAAUAUGCUUGUUAAACGCAUAUUAGAUGUUUUUAUACGAUUUUGUAUUACAUAUCUACAAAUAUACAUAAAUACAUAAAUUAAUUUCUUAUUCUUUUUAAUGGACUAGACUGAAAAAAAGUCUAAUUAAGUCUUUUGCUAUUCCGGAGAUACAAGGAGGAGAAAAAACCGAUAAACUGGCGGAAGAAAAUGGCACGCUGAACACAAUAGAACUUUUUUUUUUUGCGAACCGCCAAAAAAAGAACGAACAAAAAAAAAGUACAAAAAUAUAUAUAUAUAUAUAUAUAUAUAUAUACUGUAUAUAUACUCUAUACAGUGUAUCUAUAUAUAUAUAUAUAUAUAUAU